AUAGGGCUGAGAAAUAUCUUCCUUAUUGCCGCAAGUGUCUUAAUAUUAAUCUGCCAGUUCCCCUAUCAUUAGCACCUAGAUACUUAAUUUGCUGAUUCGUACGAUGGCGGUCCUAUAAGAAGAGGAACAGCAUGAGACUCGUGAGCUAUCAGUUUACAUUCCUAUUCCAUUGGCGCGAAAUGUCUUGCCCUAAGACGUCUUGGUCAACUUUAUUGUCAGUGUCGUUAAGACUAGUUCGCGUGUGUCGACAGAUUGCCAUGAAAAUUUAUCGUCCUUAUAAUUACAGCUGAACGAGAGAUAGAUGGCGAUGAAGACUCUUUUUAAACCGAAUUUAAUACGUUCCCUGUUCACGAUACAUUCGGCUGUAUUAUUACAUAUGAAGAUCAUCAUUGGAAUCUCAAUUAAUCUAUUACAACUUCCACCUAUUUUAUUUUCAAUCUACCUAACGUAAAUCUACUUUAUUAUUGAUGUGUUGCAAAUCAAUCUACUUUAAUUUCGAUAUACAAUGUGGACGAGUGUUUUGGAGCCAUCGCAGAACUUCUUAACUAAGCGAAGAAGAAAGUUCUCCUAUUUGGUGUAUGUGUCCUGUUAAUCAUAUCUGUAAUAUUAGCCAUCAUUAUAAUAUUAAUUAUUCAACGAGAAGGAUGCGACAUCAAAUUCAAUAGUCAUUCGGAACUUGGACGAUACAGGCAGUGAAACGAAGAUAGAAAGUGCAACUUCACUGGCAAUAUCAAUGAAAAGAGAAUGGAUCUUACUGCAAGUCGCGAUAAUCGAUGAUCAUACAAACAGGCAGCCGUAUCGACGAAUGGACAGGAAUGCGCUCAAAUAGGCAGCGAUAUAUUGAAAAAAAAUGGAAGUGCAGUUGAUGCUGCGAUAGCUACUCUUCUUUGCGAGGGUGUAGCUUCGUUGCACAGUAUGGGAUUGGGUGGUGGUUUUCUGAUGACAAUAUGGGAUGCAAAAAAUGGAACGGCCGACUACUUGGAUGCAAGAGAAACGGCUCCUGCCGCAGCCAAGGAAAAUAUGUUUCACGGAGAUGCACAUUUGUCGAUGUACGGUGGUUUGGCGGUAGCUGUGCCUGGUGAAUUACGAGGAUACUGGGAAGCUCAUAAAAAAUAUGGCAAAUUAAAAUGGAGAGAAUUAUUCGAGCCGACGAUAGCAUUGUGUUUAAGAGGCUCCGUUAUUAACGAUUAUCUUUAUGCCUAUCUCAUCAACAAAGAAUCUAAAAUUAAAGCAGAAAGUACUUUAGCCGACAUUCUUAUCAAUCCUGCUACUAAACGGCCAUGGAAGGUAGGUGAAAAAAUAAAAAGACCAAAAUUAGCAGAAACGUUAAGACUAAUAGCAAAUAAUGGACCAGAUAUAUUUUAUAAUGGUAGCAUGACCGAUGAAAUGAUUGCUGAAAUUCGAUCUUUUAAAGGUAUAAUAUCCAGAGAGGACUUUGAAACUUAUAGUGUCAAAUGGAAAAAACCGAUCGAAAUUAAUGUCGAUGAUUUAACAAUCUAUACAGCACCUCCACCUGGUUCUGGAGUAAUUCUUGCGUUCAUUAUCAACAUUCUUCAAGAUAUUGUAUCAAUUAAUAAUCAGAAUAUUAUGUGGCAUCGCAUCGUUGAGGCGUUUAAAUGGGCUUACGCAAAAAGAACUGAGUUGGGUGACCCAGAAUUUGUCGAUAUUGAAAGUUUGUUAACUAAUCUAACGUCUAAGGAUUAUGCAAAAAUAAUAAAAAAUGAAAUCAAUGACUACGAAACAAGUAACGAUCCUAAACACUACGGCGCCGUUACGGCAACAACUAUGGAUUCUGGAACAGCUCAUGUUUCUGUAUUGGCGCCUGAUGGUUCUGCGGUAUCGGUGACUUCUACGAUCAAUCAGGUUUUCGGAGCAAUGAUUCGUUCGAAAUCUACCGGUAUAAUAUUCAAUGACGAAAUGGACGACUUCAGUUCGCCUGAUAUAACUAACGGGUUUGAAGUUCCUCCAUCACCAGCAAAUUUUAUUCGACCAGGCAAGAGGCCUUUAAGUUCUAUGAGUCCAACGAUAGUGAUAGGUAAAGAUAAAGUAGUUCGAUUAGUAAUCGGUGCCGCAGGCGGUACAAAAAUCACGACCGCUAUUGCUACCUGUAUGAUUUUAAAUCUGUGGGGUGGAUACAAUAUAAAGGAAACGAUCGAUUCUUAUAGAAUUCAUCAUCAGUUAUUACCGAUGACAGCUCAAACAGAAAAAGGUUUUUGUCCCGAUAUCAUACAAUAUUUGCGUGAAGUUAAACAUAAUGUAUCGACCUUUACGGGAAUAGGAAGUGCUAUCACAGCAGUGGCAAAUGAUGAAAAUGGUAUAACAGCGAAUUCAGAUUAUCGAAGGCAAGGAAGUGUGGCUGGAUUUUAAUCUAUGUCCUUCUGCUUUAGUAUCAUUUAAAUGCCUUUCAUACAGAAAGUGCACAAAUAGUUAAUUUCUAUGCACAAUUCUUUUUUUUUAAGUGAAUCAAAAUAUAAAACAAGUAAAAUAUGAAGUAAUUAAUACUGUAUAAAAAAUUUUAUUCCUAGACUGAAAACAAACUAUUCAUAAAACAAAAAUAAACUAUAUAUUAAUUCAUAACAUCAAAAAAUGUUAAAAAAACAAACGAACAACAAAAAGCGAAUAAAAACUAAGUAAACUGUGCAUAAAUAGUACCUUAAAAAUCGAAAUAAUUAUCUUUUUAUGACAGUACUACAAAUAUUCAUUAUAAACUGUGAUUUUAUUGUAUUAUCUAAUAAAACAAGAAACCCGUAAUUAUUUCAAAUAAUAUUAUGUAUAUUAGUAUGAUAGAACACUAAUUUGAUUAUAUGUUAAUAUAAAUGCAUUUACCAUACACACACAUUACAAAAUAUGCUGAGAUAUAAUAUUUUAACAUUCGAACUCGUUAUGUUUUUUUUAAUAAACUGAUACACAUUUU